UCCACGCUCGCAGCUACAGCAGCGGCAGAACCCAUCGGCUCCCGCUCCCGGCAGCCUCGACGAGCCCAGAACCCGACCCCUUUCCCGCCGCACGGAUCCAAAACCCUAGCUCGGCCUCCCCUCCCCUCCCCUCCCCUCCCCGUGAGGCGGCCGAGAUGCAGCAGCAGCAGCAGCAGCCGCCGCCCCAGUCGGGCGGCGGCGGGGAGUUCUACCGCGGCCCGCCGAUGCGGCAGCACCCGGCGGCGUCCUCCACCAACUUGCCUCCUGACUACGCCGCUCACCCUGGGCCCCCGCCACAGCAGCAUCAGCCGCCGUACGACGCUUAUGGGGACAAUUUUGGUGCUAAAAGGAUGCGGAAGCCUGUCCAGCGACGAACAGUGGACUACACAAGCAGUGUCGUCCGUUAUGUUCAAGCUCGCAUGUGGCAGCGGGAUGCAAGGGACAGAGUCACAUUGCAGCCAACUCCAGCUGCUGUCCUGGACAUGUUACCAUCUGUCGCAUAUCCAGACAAUCCCUCCACAAGUUUUGCUGCCAAAUUUGUACAUUCAUCGAUCAACAAGAACCGGUGCUCUAUUAAUCGUGUCUUGUGGACUCCUACAGGCCGUCGGCUUAUUACUGGAUCGCAUAGCGGUGAAUUCACCCUAUGGAAUGGACAAUCAUUUAACUUUGAAAUGAUUCUUCAGGCUCAUGACCAACCUGUGAGAUCAAUGGUUUGGAGUAACAAUGAAAAUUGGAUGGUUACGGGUGAUGAUGGUGGUGCAAUCAAGUAUUGGCAAAGUAACAUGAACAACGUCAAAGUGAAUAAAACAGCUCACAGAGAAUCAGUUCGUGACUUAAGUUUUUGUAGAACAGACUUGAAGUUCUGUUCCUGCUCCGAUGACAGAACUGUGAAAGUUUGGGACUUUGCGAGAUGCCAAGAAGAAAAAUCAUUAACUGGCCACGGUUGGGAUGUUAAAAGUGUCGAUUGGCAUCCUACAAAGUCUUUACUGGUUUCAGGUGGUAAAGACUAUCUUGUGAAACUCUGGGAUGCAAAAAGUGGUAGAGAGCUACGCUCAUUCCAUGGUCAUAAAAAUAUUGUGCAAUGUGUAAAGUGGAAUCAGAAUGGGAACUGGGUACUGACUGCCUCUAAGGAUCAGAUUAUUAAGCUGUAUGAUAUUAGAUCCAUGAAAGAACUUCAAUCCUUCCGCGGGCACACCAAGGACGUAACUGCGUUGGCAUGGCACCCAUUUCAUGAAGAAUACUUUGUUAGUGGGGGCUUUGAUGGAUCAAUCUUUCAUUGGUUGGUCGGCCAUGAAUCUCCUCAGAUAGAAAUAAAUAAUGCACACGACAGUAGUGUGUGGGAUCUUGCCUGGCAUCCUGUAGGCUAUCUACUUUGCAGCGGGGGCAAUGAUCAUGCUACAAAGUUCUGGUGUAGAAACAGGCCUGGUGAUCUUACCCGUGAUAGAUACAACAGUGGACAGGCUCAAGGUUAUGGUGAUCAACAUCCUGCUUUUAGUGCUCGUGCUAUGGGCGGAUUUCAGAUGCCUGAACCUCCAACAACACCUGGACCAUUUGCUGCUGGAUUGUUGCGAAAUGAAGCCACAAUUCCUGGCAUUGGGGUUCCAAUGCCCUUGGCAGGCCAAUGUCUUGAUGGAUCUGAUCAAGGAGAGCAGAGGCCAUCUAUUCCAGGUCUUCCACCUGGGCAACCUCCCCUGCCACCAGGUCCUCAUCCGUCUCUUCUAGCUGCUGGGCAGCAGCAACAAUAUCAACAGAUGCCUCGGCAGCAACAUCCCCAGUUUCCACAGCAAUUAACUUCUCGUCCGCCACCUCCAAACAUGCCCCAAUUGCAGCCACCAGCACACUUGCUUCCACAUCCACAAGGAUCUCGACCUCCACUUACCCAGCUUCAGUCAAUGGGCGGACCAUCAAUGCCAUCACCAGUGAACCCGCCGCUACCACCUAUGCCUCAUCCAACGGCAAUGCACGGUACACAGAACCAGAUGAUGUCUCAAAUGCCCCAGCACAUGAUUGGCCUAAAUCAGAUGCAUCCUGGUCCUGUUCCCCCUGGCAAUAUACCCCCAAUGAGUGGCUUCCCAAAUGGGAUGGGGAACAUCCAAGGCGCAUCAGGUUCGUCUGGCAUGCAAAAUUUUCCUAUGGGUGGCAUGUACAACCGGCCUCAGGGACAAAUGGCUCCACAAGGACAAAUGACAUCUAUUCCUGGUCUAAGCUUGUACCAGCAGGGAAUGGGCAAUGUUGCGGCGCCGCCACCCCCACAGCAUCAGCCGCCGCGUGGUUCAACACCACAGUAACCUCGAGCAAUAGUGCUGAUAGUGAGCCUAAAUUUCUGCGACAGUUGAAUUUGUAACGUGUAUCAACUCAGAGCAGCAUAAUUAUGCCUAGGCUCUCCGGCAAAUUCAAACGUAUCUUGCUCAAUGAUUUUUGCUAUCUCAUGCUGUGUGAUUUACAGCUGGGAAUCUGGGAUGUGUUCUGCUUAGUCAACGCAAGGUCAAUGUUGUGGCAAACAUAUUCGCCUAAUGUCUUGUUCUGUGUAGUGUUAUUUUUGUUGUAUUGUUACUUGUCUGCUGCUUAAUUCUGGACGGAACAUAGAGAAAAUCUGAAUAUGAGAAACAUGAGCUGUCAUUGUGUCUGGUA